CCUCUUAUAUUGGUGAUGCGAAUUUGAAUAUCACACUCGGAUAUAUACCGCAAUGCGUUGACAAUUCAUCGUACAUAUUUUCAGAUACGACAAGAAACUCAUUUCUUCGAUAUAUCCGCUAUCUAAAUUUAUUAGGCCCAUUUUCAAUAUUGUAAAAAUUGUUUUGUGACUUUAAAUCAAUUUCGUAUUUAUCCAAUCAGAAAUUUGUGUUGCACAUUGUCAACACCGAAAAGUUUAAUAAAAAUGUUCAGGUUAUGUUUCGCUCUGUUACUCGUUAGAACUGUAUUGGGCGAAAAUGUUGCUGGCAAUCAUCCGCCACGUUAUUCGGACGAAGAGAUUUCAAUGUGCAUGAAUGUAUUUUACGACAAAAAAUAUUGUACCAUUUGUGAUGGUGACAACGUCUUGACAAAUUUUGUGGCAAACGAUCGUGUCAAAAGCCAUUUGGAGAAGCUAUGUUCAGAAUGUGAAAAUGACGCAUGGAAACAAGAAAGAAUCAAGGCAAAUGCAAACAACGGUCAAAACAUGAUGCAAGUGUUUCACGAUGUUGGUGUGGAUUGGUGUUGCGAUGCCGUUGGCCUGGCUGGAAAGACAACUGGUGAUAAGUCAACCAAUCAACCCAAGGAAAAGCAAACCCGAAGUCGACGAGGCAUACGGUUGAUACAGACGAUCCAUAGACAUUCAAAAUUCGACAAACGACCAAAUUUCGAUGAUUUUAAUAUGACUGUAAAGAUAAUGGCCGUUUUUGGAUUUGUAACGCUUGUCCUUGUAGGUAUGAUGCAAGUUCUAAGUGGAGCACUGAAAUAUUGUUCUAAUCGUUCCAAUAGUGAAAAUGAUGAAUGCUACGUUAAUAACAAAAUCACUUCAGAGUACCAAUUUUUUGAAGUGUAAUUUUGUGAAGAUAUUUCAUAUUCAAUCACCAGGAAUUGAGUGUAAUAAAUAAUGUCGUUAUGAAAGCAA